AUGCCCCACCGCGCCUUCAUUGGCCGGCUAGUCUUCUGCGCCAUUUUCUCCGUCUCACUCGUCAACAUCUUUACUACCGUCACCUCUGCAUCCUACUUUCACCGCCAAAACUCACUUCGUGGAUCGGCGCACCGACAUCAUACCGAACAGGAGCUCGUUUGUCCUCAUUCUAAGCUUGCAGAUGAUAUACUCGUUGUCCUCCGUACCGGAGCGACCGAGUCCCUCGAAAAGGUCCCAGUACACUUUCGCACAACGUUACGAUGUGUACCGCACUUUACCAUUGUUUCAGACAUGGAGGAACAGAUAGAGGGGCAUACUGUUCACAACAUACUCAGGAAUGUGAGCGAGGAAGUCAAGAAAACUCAUGAUGAUUUCAAGCUGUACAACCAUCUACAAAAGCAUGGACGUUCGGGCCUUCCCCACCAACCUGUUCUCACCUCCCUCUCUGGCUCCUCAAAGGGUGACUAUAUGCAGACCGAUAAGCCUGGAUGGGCCCUCGACAAGUGGAAAUUCCUCCCCAUGAUCGACCAUGCCUUGAAAACGAAGCCGGAUGCCAAAUGGUUCGUCUUCACGGAACCAGACACUUAUUUCGAUUAUCACAACCUCCUCACUUACCUUGCCACUUUUGACGAAACAAAAGACUACUACAUUGGCAAACAUCUUUUCAUCAACAACAUUGCUUUCGCAUACGGCGGCGCCGGCUUCGCCCUCUCUGCACCGGCCAUGCGCAAGAUUGCUACACACCGCCGCACCCGCAUCUCUGAAUACGAAACCUUCACGCGUGAUCACUGGGUUGGCGAAUGUGCCCUAGGAAAAGUCGCAGAAGACGUAAAAAUCCCAUUGCACCGCGCCUUUCCCCAUUUCCAAAGCGACUCCCCGGCGACCCUGGACCCAACCACCGAGAAGAUCGACCGCAACGUCUGGUGCUACCCCGCAAUCACCUACCAUCACGUUUCUCCAGCCGAAAUCACCGAACUCUGGGACUUUGAACAGCAGUGGUACGCACGUCACGACAUCGUGCUGCGCCACCGGGACAUCUUCAUGCAUCUUGUGCGGCCGAAACUCGGGCCCGAAGUCAAGAGCUGGGACAACAUGGCCGACGAAAAGGAAUACAAUGCGCACGACCACAGCAGCUCGACCAACGCCCUCGAGCGCGACGCGUGGAAGUCCUUUGCACAUUGUCGCGCCUUGUGCGAGUCUCAGGAGCACUGUUUGCAGUUUACUUUUGACGCGGGGAGCUGCGGUGUUAGUCGCACAUUUCGCCUUGGCUAUGCGCGGCCGGGAGAGAGGAUACAGAGUGGAUGGAUGCUGGAUCGGGUGGAUGAUCAGUUUAGGGGCUUGGAGGAUAAGUGUGGGAUUAGGGAUUGGUUUUCGCCCGAGGAGGAUGCGAGGAACGAGCUGAAGAUGCGGAGGAGGCGGGCUCUUUGA